AUGUCUACCGCGUCGCACCCCAACACGGAACCUCUAACCAGCGGCACCGAGCUUCAGAGCGACUCUGGGCAGACUUAUCAGAUCGAAGAAGUCCUUGCCGACCGCCGAAAGCCACUUCUAUGCGUAUACCGGGCAAGCGCCGAGAGACGGAAUUACAUUGUCAAGAACAUGAUCAAGGGCGACUUCGACUAUCAACUGAGCCUGCAGAAAUCGCUAUCUGCUUUACCAAACGUGCGAAAGGUCAUCGAUACUGUUAAGGACCUCGGGAUGUUAAUAUAUCCACUUUUGUCGGGAGAUUUGUUUCAUCUGAGUCAGAAAAAUUUAUCCGAGAAAACGAGGAGGUACAUUCUUCAAAAAGCUCUACAGGGCCUCGCCGAUAUGCACGACAAGGAUGUUUUACAUAAUGACAUCAAACCCAACAAUAUUCUCGUCGAUUAUGAGGAAAGGCCUGAAGAUGGAAUUGCCAUUAAGACUGUCCAGAUCUCAGACCUUGAGAAUGCCGUCAUUGUGCCGCCUGGAAAGUGGCUAGCAGGCUCGCUUUGUGGUAAUGCGAUCUGGAGGAGUCCAGAGAGUUGGUGUCGCUCCCGCCAAAACCAGGCAUCAGACGUGUUUUCUUUUGGAAUAGUGGUAUGA